AUGGACACUCAAGAUAAUAGACAUUCAUGGGAUUAUUUAUCAUUUUUUUUGGAGCAAGGUAUAUAUAAAGUAGAAGGAGGAAAAGCAUACAUUUUUCCUCAAGAUGUCCGGUGGAAUACACUUGCUGAUACUAUAGAAUGCUAUUUGGAUAAUUGGCAUAUAUUAUACAAAGUUUGUAAUGACAACCGUUCAGCCAUUGAAGUUUCUAUUUUUACUAAAAUUAAAGAUCUAUUUACAAAAACAAUGGACCAAGAGUAUUUGGUUCCACGUAAAAAAGAAGACCUUACUAUUGGAGAUUUCUAUGAAAUUUGGCUUAAGUGUUGCAGAGAUACUAAGAAAGUAGGUUCAGGCUUUUCUAAGAUUUUAUCUACUUCAAUGGAAAAAAGAGAAAAAUUACUGUUGGAUAAUCCUAUUUUUUUAACUGGUAUCUAUUUAGACCCAAGAUUUCAAUGUCUCCUAGAUUAUGACUCCAAGUAUAAAGCAAUUAAUAUUUUAGUUGAUGUGUGGAAGAUGAUUUUAUGGUUAGAUAAAAAUUCAAUGCCGAUUUCAAAGGAUGAAAUUAUUAAAUCUGCAACUCAUUGUGAGGUUGACAAUCAUAAUUUUUCAAAUGUUGAAGAUGAUGAUUUGGAAGAUUUUAUUAAAACUAAAACAUGUAUUUCUAUACAAGAACAAAAUGAAAGUGUUGAAGCAAUACCAAUUCGUUUGUUGUUACAAAGCUAUGAUAAUAUUCAACGUUUACAUCAUUCCACGAGUAUUAGACAGUAUUGGCAGGAUUUGAAGUUGGUUAAACCAGAGAUAUUUAGAUUAGCACAAGUAAUCCUAAGUGUUCCUGUUACUAAAGUAAGUACUGAACAUUUUUGGAUUAUUAAUAAUUGUAUUCUUUAG